ACAAGUUACGGUUUUCUAACAUUUUUGUAUAAAGUUCUGUAACUGAGUGCUAUGUAGCACCAUUUAAAAAGUUACUAAUCAUGUUUACGUCAAGAAGUCUCAGUCUGGUAAAAUAUAAGCACUUCACAGCAUCAUGGACAAGAUUCGUUCACCACAAGUUCAAUCUUCAGCAACCAACCUACGACACGGAUUAUCUUCUAAACCCGGCGAACAUAGCAGAGAUCCAGUCCAACAUCGAGCAUCGGAAAGGAGUUGGUAACAUCAAUCUAGUCCACGAAAUAAAUAAUCAACUGAAAACGAUUUCGGCCGGCGAUGAAGCUGAAAGGAGUCGGUUAAACGCUCAAUUACAGUCAGAAUUGCGAAGCAUUCCCAAUAAAACCCAUCCGGACAUACUGCACUACGGUACUGAACCCAAGUUGGUUAAGUACUACAAUCAGAAACCCGUGUUCGAUGGAACCAAAGUGUUUGAAUUUUCCGAAAUAGCCAGGAAAAUGAACAUUUUACGAACGGAAAAGUUGAGUAAUUUUACCGGUCAUAAAUCGUACUAUUUAACGGGAGAACUAGCCGAACUAGAGCAGGCAUUAAUUCAGUAUGCUGUCACAAACCUUUUGAGGAAUGGCUUCAAACUCAUAACCGUACCGGAUGUUUUACCAGCACGGAUUAUCGAGAGCUGCGGAAUGAACACCCACGGCGAGCGAAAUCAAGUGUACAAGCUAAACUACCCGCACGAAAGGCUGUGCCUGUCGGGAACAUCCGAAAUGGCACUGGCAGGAUAUUUCGCGGGUACGGAAACCGCCGAAGCGGAUUUACCCCUGCGGCUAAUGGCCGUUAGUCGGUGCUUCCGGGCCGAGACUUCGGGUCUGCAGGAGGAAAAAGGCAUUUAUCGGGUGCAUCAAUUUACCAAGGUGGAAAUGUUCGCCGUUUGUGGGCAGCAGCAGUCGGCAGCGGUGCUCGAGCAGUUUCGCGAUCUAGAGGUGCAGCUGUUCGAGGCACUGGGGUUGCAUUUUCAACUGCUCGAUAUGCCGGCGUGCGAGUUGGGUGCACCGGCGUACCGAAAGUACGACAUAGAAGCAUGGAUGCCCGGCCGGGGGAUGUACGGGGAAAUCUCCAGCUGUAGCGAUUGUACCGACUAUCAAUCGAGGCGGUUAGGUAUUCGGUAUCGAACAAAUGACGGUGGCGAUUUACGUUACGCACAUACGGUAAACGGAACGGCUUGUGCCAUCCCUCGCAUGUUGAUUGCAUUGCUGGAGAAUUUUCAAAAUCAGGACUAUACCGUCACUGUACCGGAACCGCUGCGGAAGUUUAUGCGGGGGAAAACUGCGAUCAGUCGAAAGAAGCUGUUGCCUGAGUUGAAACUGACGAAGCGACUGAAACAGGAGGAAAUCUGCUAAAAGGGUGCUUCUAGUAGUAUUAUUACGCAGAUUCUAGCAAUAAAAUUGUCUAU